CAGACAGACAAGUUGAAUCAGCAGAAGAUUUUUCGUAGUGCCGGGCACAUUUUGUUCUGUUUUGAUUCGCUUCCUGAACUCUUCGGAUGGGAUUUUGACACCUACCACCUGGAGUCACCUGCUCUUUGAUGUAGAAACAGAUUCCGAGGAAGUUUGUCAGGAGGAAUCCAACUGCUUGAAUCACACACUACCGCACGGUGCUGCACCAAAUGGGUUGGAGGGUAAGGGGAGAAAUAGCAACGACGGCCCAGAGCAACGCGACAAAACGCAAUCGAGAAAAAAGGAGUCUCCGUUGACCGACAAAAAAACCUCUUUCUCUGCACGAUGGCAGGGACCACGUGCAACCCUUCAACGACGACGACGGCAGCUGAUUGGCAACAUCAACCCUCGCGGAAACGCAUGUUUUCGGAUUGCGGCCACGGCAAUGGAAGACCAACCAGCACGAUCGGUGGUCUCAGCCAUCGAAAGGAACCGCGAUCCUUUUUCAUUGCGGUGCGAACGUUUCAGUCCUCGGUGCCGUUCCUCGUGUCGCUCUUGUUUGUGCUGAGCGGCAACGAGCACUCUCGUGCCGAUGCAUUCCAGCCACGGCGGCACCAGCCGUAUCACUAUCCGCACAGCAAUCACUUGAGGCACCGCCCCGAACACCCGAGCACGAGGCACAACCCACUCUUUUCCAGCAAAGCUAGCCGUUUAAACGACAACGAAAGCAUCGGGAACAGAAACGAGAACGACAGCUAUUGGAAUCCGCUGCAAUCCAAGCCAUCGACGAGAUCGCCCACAAUUCAGAACUAUAUCAACAGAAAUAACAUCGGCAACGAAAGGACCCGUGAAACCGAACAAAACCAGAGGAUAUCCCGGAACAAACAGAAGAUGAAACCCAUGCCCGUCACCGGGUACGAUGCUCGGGCUAUCGAAGAAUACUACGACAUGCGUCCGCUGCAAGUCGGGUGGAGACUAAACACACUCGGCUUUCCUCUCUUGUUUUGGUACUGUCGGUUGCUCAUCGACAACGCCAACGGCGUGCUCGGGCUUCCGUCGGUUCAGCGCCAGAGGGGCAAGGAACUGCGCGAAGCCUUUGUUCAGUCCAAGUCGGUGGCCCUGAUCAAAUCGGGGCAGGCGCUGAGUCUGAGACCGGAUCUCAUCAAAAACAAGAUAUGGGCGGAAGAGCUGGGAAAAUUGGUGGACGCGGUCGGAUCCUUUUCCGACGUCGAAGCGAUGAAAAUCAUUCGGAGCGAGCUCAAGGACGUCCGCCAGAGGAUGGAUGGUUCGCCCGCAACGUGGAAGGACUCCUUCCGGAAGCGCCGGCGCGAGGCAAGCUCAAAACUCGAAAAGAUUGUGGCCAACGACCCCGUUCUGAGCCUCUUUGAAUUCGACAACGACAACCAGGCCGUUGCAUCGGCUUCCAUCGGCCAGGUCUACAAGGCCAGGAUACGAAAGGGACCCCAGCUCGAGGCAGCGCUGGGACCGGAACUGGCCGUCGAGUGGGGUGGAAAGGUGGUGGCAAUCAAGGUCCAGCGGCCCGAUGUGGCCUCCUCGGUGUCACUGGACAUGUACCUCAUCCGACGGACCGCGGGCUGGCUGAGCAAGAUGAGGGGAGGGGACAUUCUGGGGAUCGCCGAUCAAUUCGGGAUCCAGCUCUUUGGCGAGCUCGACUACGAACGGGAGGCCAACAACUGCUUGCGCUUUCGGGACCUGUACGGAAGCUGGGACAACAUUAUGGUCCCCGACGUGUGCACCGCCCUCACCAGAAAGAGGGUCUUGGUCAUGGAGUGGGUCGACGGCGAAAAGGGGCCGUGGGACGGCGAGGAGGGCAUCCAGAUGGUCCGGCACGGCCUCAAGUGCUCGGUGGACCAGCUCAUGACGACGGGCCUGUUCCACGCCGACCCCCACCGCGGGAACCUGCUCAAGGCAGACGACAAGCUUGCCUUUUUAGACUUUGGAAUGAUGGCGGACAUCGACGAGGAGGAUCGGUACGGGCUCUUUGGCCUGUGCAUCGGCCUCCAAAGCAAGGACAUUCGUUUGGUAUCGGACAACCUGUUGAAAGUAAGUAGAAUGUUUACAUACAAAUAAUUGAUGUUUGGAAUCAGUCGGGAACUAAAAAAUUGUUGUUUUCUGUAUCGCUGCACAGCUUGGUUUCAUUGACGAUCCCAAACAGCUCGACGAGCUCAUUCCGAGAUUGCGGUCCGCACUGAAAAACUCCACCGGUGGCACCGGAAAGGCAGCAGACGUCAACUUUGCCAAACUCCAGGCGGAACUCGAUGCGAUUAGCCGGGAAAAUCUGCUGGAGUUUUCCACGCCUCCUUUCUUCACGGUGAUCAUUCGCAGCCUCACCAUUCUCGAGGGAGUCGCGCUCUCCGUGAACCCUAGGUUCCGCCUUGUCCGGGGAAGCUAUCCAUACGUGUUGCGAUCUCUCUUGCAGCCCGAGAACGAUGAGCGGACCCCGGUGGCCCUGCAAAACCUCUUGAUCCGGUUGCUGACCAUCGACGGGGAGGGGAAGGAAAUCGAUUGGGUCCGGCUUCGGGACCUCCUCCGGCUGGCACAAAAAGCCCGCUCGCAAUACAACCCCGCGGACGACGAGGAAGAGGAGGGAGAGAACUCCGCCAAGCUCUCGCGGCAGACAAUCGAGCUUUUUUACAAAUUCCUUACCAGCAAGACGGGGCUCUUCCUGAAACGCCCGCUGGUUCACGAGCUCGCCGAGGCCAUCGACGGCAUGGCCAGCAUCGGCGAGGCCAACCUGCUCCGGGCCACGAACGGUCUGCUGCCCUCCCUGCCGGGGAUGAACGGACCAGUGAACACGCGGGUCAUGUCGGAGAUGAAGCAGCUCCUCGAUACCUUCCAGAGUGCUUUGGCGACGACCGACGACGACGGGAACACCAAUUCCAGCGGGCAGGCGAGGCUACUCGCGAUGGGACAGGUCGUCGAGGAAAUGGGCUCGCUGUUGACCGACGAGCGACUUCGAAAGGACGCCGAACCCCUCCUGGAGGAGAUUAUAUCCGUCACCCGGAUGGUUGCGGUCGAGGUACUGGAGAUCCGUGGUUCGAGGGCCAUGAGGUCGAUCCUACAGCUUAAUCCGGUAGCACCUACCGUAUCAUAACCGCUCCGUCUUCUAUCCAAGGGCAAAACCCGAAAAGACGAAGCAGUUUACAAGCAACAAGAAGGAUUCAUAUUUUUGCAAAAAUCCUAGAUAUGAUUACAUUCGUCGUUUUAGAUUAAAUAUGUAAUAGUUAC